CAGACAUCCGACACCGUUGAUUGAACACCGUGCAGUGCACUAACGGUCUCGCCACUGAGUUGCUGUCGACGCAUUUGUCCGUCUUUAGCUGACUGACUUCAUUGCCAGACUCUCACACCUCAGAGAUGAAGGAAGCUUCACUUCCAUUCGUCCUAGCUCUUCUUCUCUCUAUCAGAUUCUCACCUACACAGACGCCCUCCCAGGGAAUCACCCAAACCAAUAUGAGACGGUAUCCACAAACACCACACCGCAGCGACACCCUCGCCAAAUCAAUCACUCUCUCAUCGGAUAUGGCCGGCCGGUCAGGAAAAGGGGGAACAAGACACUCUCAAACCUUCUCUGUCGGCUGUUCUCGCUUGCUGUGCUGUACAUCACACCCCUCUACCUACAUAAUGGCUUCACAGUCAGCUGUCUGCUAGCUGACUAACAGGGGCCCAAAUCGCCCCCCUUCCCGCCGUGUUGCGGACCUCACUCUCGCCAUCCCUCUUCGUCUCCAUCUCAUUGCUCACCGGCGGCGGCCUCUCACCGCUGCCCCCCACACGCACACGAGCCCGCGCCUUUCUCGGCUGCCCAUCGUCUAGGCCGUUGCUCAUUGUCACGUUGCUGUUAGCCAGCAUUGUUGGCGCACCGACAGCAGCAGCACCACCACCAGCAGCGUAAGGGGUGGUGAGUGGUGAGGGGAACAUCCGGCCUCCCAGCAGGUCAAGCAGGAGAGCCUGCUGCAGCUGCUGGAUCUGCGCGGCGUUGAGAGAGCCGGCAUCAGCGAAGAAGGCCGACACCUUGUCGUUGAGCUCUUUCUCCAGCUGGCGCAGGCCCUCCUGCUGCAUGGACAGCGACCCCAUCACCCUUGGGUCGAGCAGAAAGGACGGCACAGAGGGGAAGGAGGGGAACGGACUGACGGCCGAGGGCAUCAACAGAGGCGACACUGAUGCCAUUCCGGGGGCGAAGAAGGGGGAUGAUGCUGCUGCUGGUGUGGUUGUGUUGUCGCCGUCGCUGCCCUCGCCAAACCGCCUUCUGGAGAGGCUGAGGCGCUUCUGGCUGCCCUCCCUGAACGACCGGGACGAGUCGUGCGUCCGCAGCAACGUCGCCCUCCGCUCUCGAAUUGCAGGCGGGCUCGACCUGCUGCUGCCGCUGGUGCCCCGCUGCUCAUCGGUCUCUUCUCGCCGUUGCUCACUCGUAGCAUCCUCAUGGUUGUUGCCGGCAGCAGCAGCAGCAGCAGCGGGAGGGUCGCUCCGUUGCCUCUCUGCCGACCUGUUUCUCUUCGGGUGUCUUCUGAGGGACCUGCUGAGGGUCUGGGAGACCUGCUGAAUGCGGUCCUUGAGUGUUGGGGCGGCGGGUCGGGCUGAUGACGGCUCGCGCGCAAAGCGCUUCCACGAGAGGGAGGGGGCUUGCGCAGCUCUGAACGAACCAACGAGGGAAGGACAAUGGGACAGAUGGACACACAGCUCUCUUCGGCAGAUGUUGUAGAGUUCUUCUCACCUGUCGGUGACGGAUUGCGAUUGCUCAUACGCAUGGAUGGGUGGGUAUUUCCUGUGGGCCGCGGUGGCGGGGGCCGUGUCGUAGACCAUGUCGGCGAGGGCGUUGAGUUGGUGGGCAUCCAUGCCCUCUGGCAGGUUGUGCAGCAGCUCGCUGAUGUCGUCUUCGUACGAGUAGAGCUCACUGGCGCUCUCCUCAUCCAGCAACAUGCCACCCUGACGACAGAAACGCAAAAUGGAUGUGCUGCUGCACAUCCCACCCUCUCUCUCUCUCUAGCGGUGUGUGUGAGUUGGCCACCCACCCGUGGCUGCAGUUGCAUGGCCUUCUCGAACUCUCGUCUGGCCCGCCGCCUGCCGAUGACGCCGCGGACAGUGCGGAUGACGGGAGGAGCCACCACCAACGCACCCACACCACCUGGACCAGUGCACACACAUGGGUCAGCUUCGGUACAGGUGUGUCAUGUCCGGCCAGCUGCUUACCGAUGGCGAGCACUCUGACAGGGACUGGCAAAGCGAUCAGAAAACUCUGACACGACCUGCACACAAGGGGUGACAGAAACAACGUGAAAUGCAGCCGUAUAAGUGCCUUGGUACGGAGCUGCAUACGUCCUUACUUGGAGAGGUUUGUGAGUCUUGUGUAUUGGUUCUUGAAGAACAUGAAGAUGGCUGGGAUGUCGAGCAGCUCCUUGAGUAUCUCGAUGAGGAUCUCGAGCGUGAUGAGGAAGAUGACCGUCUGGCCCUCCUUGUGGGUCUGCUGCACAGACAGCUCGUCGUUCAGGAUCUCAUACAAAUCCUACACACCACCACACACACCACCACACAUCCAUCGGUGUGUGUGAGUGUGUUUCGUGUCUUGUCUGUGUCGAGCGGCUGACUUUGAUGAUGUCGAGUCGUUGGUUGAGUAUAUCGGCUCUCUCGCUGACGCCCAGGUAGGUCCUUCCCAGUCGGUAGAGGUUCUCCCACUCGUCAAACUCCCACAGAAUCUCUGGCGUGUCCAGAAUGUCAGUCUGCCAUUCAUUCAUCGCACAGCAUUGUGGAGAGAACGGCGUGUGUGCGGCUCGUGUGUUGUGUGUUGGUGGGUGGCUGCUUGCCUGUAGGUUGACGUUGGCUCUGAGGACGAACAGCCUGCCCAGCUGUCGUGCGAUGGAUCGCCUGCUCAUCCAGGUGGUGCCGUCGCGAGCCAUCGACUCCGGGAUGCGGCGGGUCCUGAAAUCAGGGAGCCAGCGAUGACAUUCACACAUUUCUUGUGUCGGUGGUGGGCGGCCAACGACGCACCCACCUUUCGAUGGUGUCUUCAAUGAUGUUCUCAAACACGGCCAACUUGAUUGACUUACAUACGCCAGACACAUAGAGGAAGAAUGCCGCUGAGGCCAGGCCAGCGCACCAAGCACGGCUGCCGUGUGUGAUGUGAAUGGUGGGCAGGGCAUACCUGUGCGAGUGCGUAUGAGUAGGCGAGCUUCUCGAAUGUGUUGGACGUCACCAGGAAGAAGGCGUCACGCCCUACACACAUACACAGAAACAGAGGUGCACCUCGCCAGACUGGUGUCCGUGCAUCUGUGUGUGUGUGUGGGUGGGUGUGCGUACGUAUUUGUGGUCUGUCCUCCGAGAAGACAAACUUCAUCUCAUCCUCCUCCAAGUCAACCUCAGGAGCUGACAGCACACAACACACCACACAAGUGUGAGUGAUACUGAUACGCACUUGUGUGUGGGUGACCAUAGGACUGGCAUCCACUCACCAGGUUGGAAUACGAACGGCCGUAUGAGCAGCCUCAGCUCCAGCCGCUGCUUGGCGUUGAGGUCCCACCCCACCAUGCACCCAAACCGAAAGAAAAACACAUCGCGGCUGCCGAAUGCCUGACGAGUCACAGACAGAAGCAGAUGGACGGUGCUGCGUUGAGUGUCAUUUGUGUGCUGACCUUAGCGAAUAUGACCUCCUCGAAGACGCUGGUGACCUUCAGUGGGUGCUCCUGGCCGGGAGCCAACUCGGGCAAGUUCCUCUCUGCACCAACACAACACAAAUAAACCGACAGCGAAUGAACGAUUUUCUCUGUCUGUCUGUAUGUGUGUGCUGGCCGCACUCACUGACCAUCGAAAGCCUCCUCAAUCUCCUCCAGAUCCAGCGACGCACCUGCACAAACAGACAAACAGACAAACAGACAAACAGACAAACAGACAAACAGACAAACAGACAAACAGACAAACAAACAAAGAAACAGACACACAGACAGACAAACAAGCAAAGCAGACAGACACAACGACACGUACCCAUCACAGAAAUGUGACUGUCAGUCAUCCCAUCUGCCAUUGCCCUCUCUGCUGACCGAGGCAGACGCCAUAGACAUCCCCGUCAGGUUUGAUCUGCUCGUCAAACAGGCUCUUCCGCAGACUCCGUCUUCUCGCCGCCGCGCCCCUCUUGGCCACAGUGCGGUCGCCCCUGUCGCGAUGGUCAACCAUCACCAACACACCUGCUGGACCACUCCGUGGGAGCCGCAGCCGCCGCUGGACACCCCGCCUGGCUCCCAUGGUUUGAGGUGUGGCCGGUGACGGAGCGAAGGCCGUAGAGGGAAAUGCGGCGCGCGUGAGAAUGGGCGAGAGAAGCAGCAGGCAGAGGCGCUUCAUCGUCGUUGUUUCAUCGCAGUUUGAUUGCC